AUGACGAUCAUCAUGUCGGGAUUAAAUCUGCUUUUUCCUUUUCUCUCACUCUUUGUUAUCUUUACUCCAAACUUCACUCUUGUUGCUGGACUUUCUGGUUGUGGUCCCCACCAUAUUCAAGCACUUGUGCAAUUCAAGAACGAGUUUGAUUACAGCGGUUGCAACCAAACUGACUACUUCAAUGGAGUCAUGUGCGAUAACAUUACGGGUGAGGUCACGAAGCUACAACUCCCAAGUGGCUGCUUCACUGGAGUUCUCAAAACCAACAGUAGUCUCUUUGGAUUUAACCAUCUUCGUUACCUCAAUCUCUCUUACAACAAGUUUACCUCCUCUUCACUCUCGUCUGGAUUCGGCAGUCUCAACAAGUUAGAGGUCUUGUCUCUUUCCUCUAAUGGCUUCAUAGGUCAAGUUCCUUCCUCAUUAAGUAACUUGAGUCGGCUAACCGAGUUGUAUCUUGACCAUAACGAGCUCACAGGUGGUUUCCCACUCGUACAAAAUAUAACCAGCCUCUCCAUUUUGAACCUAUCUCUUAAUCACUUCUCUGGAGCCAUCCCUUCCUCUCUCCUCACUAUGCCUUUCUUGUCAUAUCUUAAUCUCGAUGAAAAUCAUCUCACCGAUCCUGUUGAAGUUCGUAGCUCAUCUACUUCUUCCCGGCUCGAAACUCUGCACCUUAGAAAAAACCCUUUCGAAGGAAAAAUCCUAGACCUUAUCUCAAACUUCACCACCCUUAAAUAUCUUGGCCUUUCUUUCCAAAACAUAAGCUACCCAAUUAACUUAAACUUUUUUUCCUCUCUCAAAUCUUUGUUGAGACUUGAUCUUUCCGGUAAUAGUGUAUUGGAAACUAGUAUAAGUUCAGAUUCAGACGUCCCACGUAACAUAGAGAAAUUGCUCUUGUCAAGCUGUGACAUCAGCAAGUUCCCAGAAUUUGUACGGAGCCUUGAUAGAUUGGAACAUAUAGACAUUUCCAAUAAUAAAAUUAAAGGGAAAGUCCCUGAGUGGCUUUGGAACCUUCCUCAUCUGAUCAGGGCCAAUCUUGUCAACAAUGCUUUCACUCAUUUAGAAGGUUCAAAUGACGUUUUAACGAAUUCAUCGUUGAGGAUAUUAGAUUUGGCUUUAAACCAUUUUGAAGGACCAGUUCCUACUCCACCACUCUCUAUCAACCUCUUUUCUGCAUGGAACAAUAGUUUCACAGGAAACAUACCUCUUUCAGUUUGCAACCGGAGCUCGCUGGUUAUUCUUGAUCUCUCCUACAACAACUUAAGCGGUCCGAUUCCUCGAUGUUUGAGUAACCUCAAAGACUCUCUCGUUGUCGUGAAUCUCAGGAAGAACAACUUGGAAGGAAGUAUUCCAGAUAUGCUCUACAAUGGUUCGUUGCUGCGGACACUUGACGUAGGCUACAAUCAAUUAACUGGGAAGCUUCCAAGGUCUCUUCUGAAUUGCUCUUCGCUAAGGGAAAGUUCCUUUGCUGUUCUUCAGCAGCAAUAUGCUCUCUACCAGGAGGAGCAUUGCGAGGCAAACUCUCUCAUCAGAAGCAUCUACUCUUGUCUUUUUGAGCUGGUUCAACACGUCGCUUAA